UCCGCUCGCUGCGGGCUGGCUGCGAUAUGGGUGGGUGGGGGAGACAUGAAAGCCCGGGUGGGUUUGUGCUGUAAAGUGAAACUACCGGGGCCUCUCUGCAGCAGCCCCAGGAAGAAGGAAGGAGCGAGCGGCAGGAUGGAGGCAUCUCAGGAGUUGGCAUCCAUUGGAUGAGUCUGUGAAACCUCUCUGCCCAGAGCUCCAGGACCAAUGUCUCUUCCCACCACCUUAAACCACUGCAGCCAGCAAGCAUUUGUGACAGCUAAAUACGAAGGUAUGGCAGGCCCCAGCUGAGCCACGGCUCUCUGCUGCCUGCAGUGCAGAUAAAAUUUGCAUAUGUAUAUAGACAGAGAGGUUCAGAGUCCCAGUUGCAGAAGGCUUGUCCUGCUACCACCAUGAGUUCCAAAUGUGAUGCUGGGACUUCUCGAGCUGUUCUGAAUGGCUUGACACCUGGCAGCAACGAGCAAGACAAAGCAACUGCCGACCCUUUACGUGCACGCUCUGUUUCUGCUGUUAAAAUAAUUCCUGUGAAGACAGUGAAAAAUGCUUCAGGCCUGGCCCUCCCUCCAGAUAUGGAUCCUACAAAAAUCUGCACUGGAAAAGGAGCAGUGACUCUCCGGGCCUCGUCCUCCUAUGGGGAAUCCCCAGCCAGUAGCCCUGUGAGCCCUCAGGAAACCCUGGAACAUGAAAGCAAGCCAGGUCUGGAGGCGGAAAAGUCUUCAGCAGAUGAGUGGAGGCUUUCUUCCGGUGCUGAUGCCAAUGGGAAUGCCCAGCCCUCUCCUCUUGCUGCCAAAGGUUACAGAAGUGUGCAUCCCAGCCUUCUGGCCGACAAGCCCCAGGAUGCCACUUCCUCCAGCGCAGCUCAGCCUGAGGUAAUAGUUGUCCCUCUCUACCUGGUUAAUACUGACAGAGGGCGAGAAGGCACUGCCAGACCUCCAGCAUCUCUGGAGCCGCUUGGCUGCAUCCACACUACCCUGGUGACCGCCCCUGCUGCCUCACCUCUGACCUUUCCAACUCUAGAUGAUUUCAUUCCCCCUCAUCUGCAGAGGCGGCCCCACCACAGCCAGCCAGCCAGUGCUUGUGGCUCCCUUUCCCCUGUUAGCCAGACACCACCAUCCUUCUCACCACCACCUCCGCUGGUCCCUCCCCUACCGGAGGACCGCCACAGAGUCUCCGAGCCUGACCUCACGGGAGCUGUUUCAAGUACCGGUUCCAGUCCUCUACUAAAUGAAGUUUCUUCUUCCCAUAUUGCAACUGAUUCCCAAGCCGUUCCACCAGCUAGCAAGCCAUCAUCUGCCUACCCUUCCACAACGAUUGUUAACCCCACCAUUGUGCUCUUGCAGCAUAAUCGAGAACAACAAAAACGACUCAGUAGCCUUUCAGAUCCUGUCUCAGAAAGAAGAGUGGGUGAGGACUCAUCACCAACCCAGGAAAAACACACAUCACCCAGCAGAACUGCUGAAAAAAGAGCAAAAGAUGACAAUAGGCGGGUGGUUAGAAGCACACAGGACCUAAGCGAUGUGUCCAUGGAUGAAGUGGGCAUUCCACUCCGGAAUACUGAGAGAUCAAAAGACUGGUACAAGACCAUGUUUAGACAGAUCCACAGACUGAACAGAGACACUCCUGAAGAAAACCCUUAUUUCCCUACGUACAAAUUCCCUGAACUUCCUGAAAUCCAGCAAAAUUCUGAAGAGGACAAUCCUUAUACUCCUACAUACCAGUUUCCUGCAUCUACACCUAGUCCUAAAUCUGAAGAUGAUGAUUCAGAUCUGUACUCUCCUCGAUAUUCCUUUUCUGAAGCAAAAUCUCCCCUUUCUGUGCCUCGCUCAAAAAGUGAGAUGAGCUACAUUGAUGGUGAGAAGGUAGUUAAGAGGUCGGCCACGCUCCCCCUCCCAGCUCGUUCCUCCUCACUAAAAUCCAGCCCAGAAAGAAAUGACUGGGAGCCCCCAGAUAAGAAAGUGGAUACCAGAAAAUACCGGGCAGAGCCCAAAAGCAUUUAUGAAUAUCAGCCGGGCAAGUCUUCUGUUCUGAACAAUGAAAAGAUGAGUCGGGAUAUAAGCCCAGAAGAGAUAGAUUUAAAGAAUGAACCUUGGUAUAAAUUCUUUUCGGAAUUGGAGUUUGGGAAACCGCCUCCCAAAAAGAUAUGGGAUUAUACUCCAGGAGACUGCUCUAUCCUUCCUAGAGAGGAUAGAAAGACUAACCUAGAAAAAGAUCUCAACCUCUGCCAAACAGAGUUAGAGGCAGAUUUAGAAAACAUGGAGACGAUUAAUAAAGCAACCAGUUCAAACUUACCACAGAGCUCAGCAGUCAGCCCUACUCCAGACAUUUCUUCAGAGCCUCCUGGAUAUAUAUACUCUUCCAACUUCCAUGCAGUGAAGAGGGAAUCAGAUGGGACACCAGGGGAUCUCGCUAGCUUGGAGAAUGAGAGGCAGAUUUAUAAAAGUGUCUUGGAAGGUGGUGACAUCCCUCUCCAGGGCCUGAGUGGGCUCAAGCGACCCUCCAGCUCAGCUUCCACUAAAGUGGAUCGUAAAGGUGGGAAUGCUCACAUGAUUUCUUCAUCUUCAGUUCAUAGCCGAACGUUUCACACUAGCAAUGCAUUAGGCCCUGGGUGUAAACACAAGAAGCCCCUGUCAGCUGCGAAGGCCUGCAUUUCAGAGAUCCUACCUUCCAAAUUCAAACCUAGGCUCUAUGCUCCCAGUGCUCUUUUACAGGAACAGAAGAGUGUCCUGUUGCCCUCAGAGAAGGCUCAGAGCUGUGAGAACCUUUGUGUUUCUGUUUCUCUGAAUGAUUCCAAAAGAAGCCUCCCCCUCCAGGUUGGGGGAAGCAUUGAGAACUUGCUCAUGCGCUCCAGGCGGGAUUAUGACAGCAAAUCCAGCAGUACCAUGAGCCUCCAGGAGUAUAGCACCAGCGCCAGGAGGCCCUGCGCUCUCUCCAGAAAGGCUGGGCUGCAUUUUACCAUGUUCUACCGGGACAUGCACCAAAUCAACAGAGCCGGCCUGUCCCUGGGAUCCAUCUCCUCCUCGAGUGUGCGGGAUCUUGCCUCCCACUUUGAAAGGAGCAGCCUGGCAUUGGCCAGGGGUGAGCUAGGGCCCAGCCAGGAGGGCUCAGAUCACAUCCCCAAGCACACCGUUUCUACCCGCAUCACUGCUUUUGAGCAGCUCAUUCAGCGGUCCCGGUCCAUGCCCUCCCUGGACCUGUCUGGCCGGCUGAGCAAGUCCCCGACACCUGUGCAGCCCCGGAGUGGACUGACCUCCACCCGCUCAGCUGAGUCCCUCCUUGAGUCCACUGAGCUCCGUCCCAGAGAGAUGGAUGUGAUGAGCAGCAGUGGGGUCUACGAUGCCCCCACGUGUGGCAGUAUAGCAGCCCACACCUUGGGCUUCAGGGACCUCAUGCCUUCUGAGCCCCUCUCUACCUGCUCAGAUGAGCUGGACCACUGUUCAAAUGUCUCCAGUGACAGCAGAGAGGGCAGCAGCAGCAGUAUUCAUGGAGACUUCCCCAGACAUCGUCUCAACAAGUGUAAAGGGACCUGCCCUGCCUCUUAUACCCGCUUUACCACCAUCCGGAAGCAUGAACAGCAGCAGUCCCCCAGGCAGCCAGAUUGGCGCUUGGAUUCCAGGGGGGACAAAAGCGCACUCCUGAGGAACAUCUACCUGAUGAGUCCCCUCCCCUUUCGGUUGAAAAAGCCCCUCCAGCAGCACCCCAGACAGCCUUCCCCUGCUGACUCCUCAGGCUUCCCGGUGGGCCAGAAGCCAGACCUCCCCAUUCUGCCCCAUCAGGACCAGGUGCCCUCUUCAGGGAAGCCUUUGGUUCCCACUCGCCUGUCUUCCCGGCACACCAUGGCCAGGCUUAGCCGAAGCUCAGAACCCCCUCACGAGAGAACUGUGGUCCUGGAGGACGGCUCAAGGGCCAUUAAUAAUGGGGACUAUGUGCCAUACUCAGACCACGGCCUGGACAGGAACAACAACCCUCAAAGUGAACUGGCACCAUCCCUUGGAGAUUCAGAAUCACCAAGACAUUUUAUACCAGCUGAUUACUUGGAAUCCACAGAAGAAUUUAUUCGAAGACGUCAUGAUGAUAAAGAGAAACUUUUAGCGGACCAGAGACGGCUUAAGCGCGAGCAAGAAGAGGCCGACAUUGCAGCUCGACGCCAUACGGGCGUCAUCCCGACGCACCAUCAGUUUAUCACUAAUGAGCGCUUUGGGGACCUCCUCAAUAUAGACGAUACUGCAAAAAGGAAAUCUGGGUCAGAGAUGAGACCUGCCAGAGCCAAGUUUGACUUUAAAGCUCAGACACUAAAGGAGCUUCCUCUGCAGAAGGGAGACAUUGUUUACAUUUAUAAGCAGAUUGAUCAGAACUGGUACGAAGGAGAGCACCAUGGCCGUGUGGGAAUCUUCCCAUGUACCUACAUCGAGCUUCUUCCUCCUGCUGAGAAGGCUCAGCCCAAAAAGUUGCCACCUGUUCAGGUUUUGGAAUAUGGAGAAGCUAUUGCUAAGUUUAAUUUUAAUGGUGAUACACAAGUAGAAAUGUCCUUCAGAAAGGGUGAAAGAAUCACACUGCUUCGACAGGUAGAUGAGAACUGGUAUGAAGGGAGGAUUCCAGGGACAUCCCGACAAGGCAUCUUCCCCAUUACCUAUGUGGAUGUGCUCAAACGGCCACUGUUGAAGAACCCCAUGGAUUACAUUGAUCUGCCUUACUCCUCCUCUCCAAGUCACAGUGCCACUGCGAGUCCUCAGUGCCCCAGUUACAGCAAGAUCGUCAUGCCAGCCCCCUCAUCUCUGCCCCAUCCCUGUAGAGUCCUGUCCCCUGAGAUGCACGCUGUCACCUCCGAGUGGAUCUCACUGACUGUAGGAGUCCCCAGCAGGCGUUCUCUGGCCCUCACUCCACCCUUGCCUCCUCUGCCCGAGGCAUCUAUUUAUGACACCGACCACCUUACCUUGUCAACAAGGGCCUAUCCCUCCCUGCCUGUCAGCUUCCCUCGCUGGAGUUGGUCAGAUCGCUCUACUCCACACUCAGUGGUUUCCCCACUGGCCCUGCCUGCUCCUCAGAAAACCUACUCACUGACCCCCAGCUCACAGGCCCCUCUUCAUGUCAAUGGAGAUGGUGGUGUCCACAUGCCAUCUUCAGGCAUCCGCCAAGAUAGCUACCCCCAGCUGCUGUUUGGGAGCUCUGAUAGGGUGAUCUCAGAGCUUAGCGGUGCCUUUAGCAGCCAGAGCAAACUACAGCCCUGGCUAGAAGAGAAUGGACAAUAUGAGAAAAAAGCAGAGAGUGAGGCAAGUGAGAGAUGCCCUGGUGGACCCAAGAUCUCUAAGAAGAGCUGCUUGAAGCCUUCAGAUGUGGUCAGGUGCCUGAGUACUGAACAGAGACUCUCAGAGCUCCGCACUCCUGAGGAGAGCCGGCCCAGCAAGCCUCUAGGCAGCACUUUUCCUGGAAGGGAGGCUGGGCAGACAGAACUGCAUAGAGGUGGCGAGGCUGAGAGGAGAGCUGCUCAGAGUGGUAUGAGCCAGCCUUCUCAUCAUUCAUUGAGAGCAGGACCUGAUCUCACAGAAUCUGAAAAGAGCUAUGUGGAAGCAGUUUGCAAUGAGAUCAUAAACAUUGCCGAGAAAUCUGUUCAUUACUGCAGCACUGUCUCUCAUCCCCUUGACUUUCAUCACAAGGUAUCCCCUUCUGACAAUAAACCAUCUUUAAUCAUUUCUCAGCAACCUCAAGCCCAGCAGCGAAGAGUCACCCCAGAUAGGAGUCAAACCUCACAAGAUUUAUUUAGCUACCAAGCAUUAUAUAGCUACACUCCACAGAAUGAUGAUGAGUUGGAACUCCGAGAUGGAGAUAUUGUUGAUGUCAUGGAAAAGUGUGAUGAUGGAUGGUUUGUUGGUACUUCAAGAAGGACCAGGCAGUUUGGCACUUUUCCAGGCAACUAUGUAAAACCUUUAUAUCUAUAAGAAGACUGAAAACCCUCAGAUUAUUUUUAUUGGAGAAUGAAGCAAAAUUCACACACCAGUCUCUUUAUUUAAAUUAAAUAUUGAAUCAGUAUGAAAAGUAAUACAGUGGAUAAUAUAAGAAGUGAAAAAGAGGAAUAGAGAAGUGAUGUAUUUAAAAGCUAAGCUUGUAUAUCAAGGGUGAGAUAUGUGCUGGGCAAAAACAAUUAAGGUAAAUCUAUCUUUACUUAUAUGUUUCUGGGAGCUGCUCCAGCCUUGUCCCUCCCCUCCAUCUCGUGGGUAAUCUGACCUGAACAAAAGUUCAGGAGUAGAGUUAGGUAGAAAUGGUUCCUGUUAGCCCAGCCUUAAAAACCCUAUAGCAAAAGAGUCCUUGAGCCUAAAGCAACCUUUGGGUCCCCAGCCAUGUCCCAGAUCACUAGACCUGAGCAUCUUGGCCAUCCCAUCCUGCAUCCCUAGCUUCCCUGGAGCAAGCUGAUCCCCAAGUGCUGCUAGGGUUCAGUGUAGGCUGCUGCUCAGGCUGUCCUUCAUCAGGGGUGGAAGCCCCUAACUUGUCCAAGUCCAAAUCUAUCCCCUGAGGUCCAGGGGAGGAAGCAGAGGCAAAUUAGCAACCCUGUACAUAGAGACUGUUGUGCAGCUUUGCUGUAGAUGGCCGUGAUGUUCAGACAGAAGCACACAAGGUUCAUCCUGAGAUUGGAGGAAUAAGUGGCCAGGCAGAAAUGUUAUAUUCAUUUUUCCACAUGAUUAUGUCAAGGAGUCCUGCAGCUCUGGAGGCCACUUGCAGUGUGUUUCUUUGCUAUAUCACUGGCUUUUAUAAACAGUCAACUUCAGGGCAGUGCAGCUGCAUUUAUCAGAGCUCUAUUGCUAACCUUUCAUUUAUGAUUCAUGUUGGCUGAAACAGUUUGGGAUUGGUAGGCCUAUUCUUAUAGGGAAUCCAGAGCUGUGUGUAGGUGUGUAAUGACUCAUUUAAAAUGCAUCACUGUGUAUUGGCUCCUGGGACACCCAUGAGUAAGUCAUACCUGCGCCUAAAGGACUCCAUGUCUCCAGUUUUACUCCCUGGAAGAGUUCAAGGGCCAUUCAGAAUGUAGACCUCAAGACUGUGAAUCCUAAGGCAUCUGGUCAGGCAUCCCCUCAGGGAUGAGAAGAGUGCAGAAGCAGCUCUUCUGCCACUACUGGCAGUCACCAGGUCUGUUUUUGGUGGGUGCUGGAUAAGUGGAGGGAGCCCUGUGACACCCACAGUGCUUAGUCACAGCUAUGUCCAAAUUAUGAUGAGGAUGUUUAUUGGCUUCUCUGUUAGACCCCUUAGUGACAUGAAGAUGGAAUUGAAACAUUCCCUGACUGCCAGGAACUUGGAAGUGACUGGGGAGACACACAGAGAAAAGGACCUUAAGACAGACUGUGUUAAGUGCUAGGAAAGUGUGAGAGGAAGAGAUGAGUUUCUCCUGGAGGGAUCCUAGAAAGCAUCAUUGUGUUUCUGUCUCCAUUAACUCAUUUUUUAACAACUAGGAUGCUGGGAGAACCUUUGUCCCAGGUAGUUUGUGGCUGGAAGUACUUGGAAGAUUUUCAGAGCCUUUGUAUUCUCAUCAGCCCCACAAAUGCACAUCCUAGGUCACAAAUAGGAGCAGGAAUUCUGUUAUCCAUGUGUGUACUGGAAAUCCUGAAUCUUUGUAUAUAUAUCUAAGAAUUGCCAUAGAAUCAGUGUCCUAAACUCUGGAAUCUUUACAAGUAGGCAGCAUUUGUCUGCAGUGCCCCAACUCAGCUGCUGUCCCAGAUGCCCAUCUUAGGAUCCCACCACUGCCCACCAGUCAGCUGCAGUACUGAACCUUCUUCAUAUCCUUCUUUCAAGGAGGCUCUCAGGAAGAAACCAAAAUGUAAAUGACUCAUAAGAGAAAUGUGUUACCUCUUCCCAGAGAUAUUUGUUUUUAAGUAGGAUGGAGCAGAGCCUUAAUGCUAUGGGAAAAGACUGUGGAAUUUAGGGAAGGGGAUUGCUGGGUAGAAAGAGCUUUCAUGGUUUUCUUUAAGUCUCAGUGACAGACAGUAAGACAUACUGCUUUGGAAGGUCUGCUCCACCAUUCAAGAGCACUGUUGUUUUACUUUUCUUUCGUUCUGAGGGAAUGCAUGUGCAUGUGCGUCUUGCACAGCAGCAUUACACCCAUUUUGGAAUGUAAACCUUGUAUUGGCUAAUGUGUUUCCUGAUCUUUCUUAGAUGCAAACUAUUAAUAAUGUGAUCUAAUAUAAUAAGCUUUUAAGAGGUGCUUCUUGAUUAAGUAGGUAAUUUUGAACACCUCUUUAAGUACAGCUAGAGAAUAAAACCAAUUUGUAAAGGCACAUUUGCAUAUAAUGUCAGCCUCACAUCUUUGUAUAUCUCCCAAAAUCCAGGUAUGUCUCACCAAUUUGCCCAUCUUUAAUAAAAUAACAUGUUAAAAUACAUGACUUUCGCUUCCUAUGUAUGA